GACUCUUUUCCUUUACUUUGUCAUUAUGGAUUCGAGACAUGCCGGGCUUCGUCCCUUUGUCGUUUUCUGCGUUGUCAUUGCCAGUUUAGGUGCGAUGAACAAUGGUUUCAAUACAAGUUCCCUGAAUAUUCCCGCUUCCGCUAUUCGAAAAUGUCCCGGAGUCCCCGAGGGGCAAGUCACCUACUAUCCCAACUCGCCAUUGCCUCAGUGCUUGCCCAUGGGCGAUUGGAUUUGGGGUGUGGCAACCGGUAUGUUUGCCAUUGGUGGUUUACUAGGUGCUAUGAUGUGCGGUCCCAUGUCUCAAAAAUUUGGUCGUCGUGAUUCCAUGAUUAUCAUCAAUAUCAGUUUCUUUAUUGGUGCCAUUUUACUGUCUACUUCCGUUCACUCUGCUCAGUUUGCUAUUGGUCGUAUUUUCGUCGGUAUUGGUGCUGGUUUCAUGACCGUCGUCAUCUCCAUGUAUAUUGCUGAAACCUCGCCACCAAAAUACCGUGGUGCCUUGGGCUCUUUCUUGCAGUUGUUUGUCACCCUCGGUAUUCUAAUUAUUGAAGCCAUUGGUCUUGGCUUGACAUCUGCCGUUGGCUGGCGUAUCGUGGUGGUGAUCACCGUUGUGCCUGCCAUCAUUCAAAUGAUCUGUCUUCCUUUCUGUGCUCGUUCCCCCCGUUGGCUGAUCAACCAUAACCGCAUCGAUGAAGCCCGUCUUGAACUACUGCGUCUCCGUAAAGGCGAUGUGGAAGAAGAAUUUGCCGACAUCUUGCUCAACCUUUCCAAGGGCGGAGGUUCCAAGACAGCACGCGAAAAGCAGCAACAACAAGGAGAACAAGCCCAUCCUUCCAACGAUUCACAAAGCGAAGUGAGUUUGACAUUCUGGCAGGUGAUGUCUAUCCGCGUGUUGGCUAUCUUGACGUUGAAGAUGAUGGUCGUCCAUAUGGCCGGUCAGCUCACGGGUAUCAAUGCUGUCAUGUAUUACUCGACCUCCAUUUUUGAAAAUUCGUUUGGUGACGAUGCCAAGUAUGUCACUGUUGGUGUGGCUGGUCUGAAUGUGUUUAUUACCCUCAUUGGUCUCGCUUUGAUCGACAACUUGGGUCGCAAGAAGCUGUUGUUGAUCUCUUCUACGGGCAUGUGUAUUUUCGCUACAUUGAUUACCAUUGGUUUGCGAUUCAAUGUCGGUCCUCUGCAGGUAGUGUGCGUAAUGCUGUUUGUCGCAUCGUAUGCUGUGGGUCUCGGUAUGGUUCCUUUCAUUAUCACUGCUGAAGUGUAUCCGACGUACGCUGUGGGUGCAGCUUCUUCCGCUGCUCUGAUGGUCAACUGGCUUUGCAAUUUCAUCAUUGGUCUCGUAUUCCCCGCGCUGCAAAGCGCUUGCGGUCCCUAUGUGUUCUUGAUCUUCACCGGUAUUACCUUUUUUGUUACCAUUUUCAUCAUCUUUUUCGUCCCCGAAACGAAGCAAAAGUCCAUUGAGGAUCUUGGACGUGAGCUGGGUUGGGCUGGUCUUGAUACCCAAGCCAUACUGGCCAAGGCCAACAAGAAUGAUCAUCAUAAAUAAUCCCGCUUAAAUUCUUAGUCAUAUAGAUAAUCUCGUCCCCUCUGUCACUCAUAUGUAAAUUGUAAUUUUCCAUUUCUUUGUGUUAUGAUAGUAAAAAGAAAUAAUUUAGAACCGCC